AAUUUCCCUAGUUUUUAUUUUUCGCUUUUGAUGAGAGACGAUUUACAACGAUUUUUUCUCGUUUAUUCGCAGCAAGAUCUGCCCUUAAAAUCCAUCAAACAUGGAGAUGGGUAAAGCAAUCAGUCAAAAGAUCAGGGAAGCUAUCCGAGCUAAACUGAUUGACCUGGGAAAUUAUGUUGAUGAAGAGUUACCAGACUACAUCAUGGUCAUGAUCGCUAACAAGAAGACAGAAGAACAGAUGGAAGAUGAUCUGGCUCUCUUCUUGGGUACAAACACAGAUAAAUUCUGUGGAUGGCUCCAAGGUGUCCUCAAGAAGCUCCAGGCAGCGAGGGAUGAGCAGAAGGAAAGGAAAGAAAAAGGCAAAGACAAAAAGAAAAAGAGUAAGAAAAAAGAUGACAAGAAAGAUAAAAGACACCGUACUUCAAGUGAAACCAAAGCAGAUGACCAGGGAGAAGGAAGCAAAUCAUCUGCUGGGACGGACACUGUGAAACAGCCAAAUGAGACUACUUCGUCAACAGAAGUCGCCCAGAUCAGUGAUUUAAACCCUGUUGAAAAAACAAGUCAGAAACCUGCACAGAGUGCUCCAAAAGCUAGCACAGAAACAGCUGCUUCAUCAGGGUCCGUACCGACAACUUCCUCUUCUCAGCCUGUAAUAUCCCUCUUCCAAGAUACUGAUGACUUCUUUGAUGAAGAAAUUAAGAUGAACGAAGCAGCAAAGAAACCAGCUGCUACUGACUCUGUGAAAUCUACACAAGUGAAGGGCAAAGGGAAGAUCCAGAGUGUUCUAUCACAGUCACAUACAUCACCUAAAGAGAAAGCUAAGGAAGUCAAGAAGGUAUCCCCUAAAGCGAUGACUAAGGAGUCUAGGGAGCAUUCUACUCAAUUCACAGUUGCGAUGGGUGGAGGGAGCUCCAGGAUCCCAGCCAGAGAUCGUCCAGAGUCUGUUCCAGUUAGAGGAUCGGUCAAGUCACGUCUUGGUGCUCCUGCCGUCAAGAGGAGGGCUGAAGUAGAGGAGAAACCAAGGAUCCUUACUACUAUGUCCACAGUGGUCAGAGUACCAAUUGUAACCAUGAAACGCUCAGGCCCCGGCUCUGUCAUCGGUCAAGUUAUUGAGGGCAACGAUGAGGAUUCUGAUGAUGAUGAACCAGUUGUAAAGAGAAUGGCCAGCACUGUCAAGCCACGGAGGAGACAACCCUUACCUAAGACCAAACAGAACAGCAUGGCAUUGUUGAAGAAAGCUAUAACACAAGCCCAAGAGUCAACCAGUGUGUUUCCAGCAGCAGGUCAAUUCUCAGAGCCAAGGAGAAUGAUCGUCAGAUCUGCAAGUCAGCCGGGGACAAUGAAAAUUGUGGCUAGAUCUAUCCCAGCUGACAAAGAGCCUUCCAGCAAGAGACAAGCAGCACCUAAGACGAUGUUUACAGCUGCUGUCAGAGCAACAAAUCAGGCUGAAGUUACUCCAAGGCCAUCGACAAAGGCAUCUGUGUCCGUCAGACCCCUUGGUCUCAUGUCCAGAUCCCGCUUUAAGGAAGCCAAUGAGAGAAACUUUGAUGCACAUACCUAUCAGAGAGUUGAGAAGAAGGCUGAAGAGGAAGAGGAGGAGGUGGAGGCGAAGGAGCUGGAGGAGGAGGUGGAGGAGGAGCGGGAGGAUGAGCAGGAGCAGGAGGAUGUUGCGGAGAAUGUGGAGAAUGUGGAAGAAGAUGACGAUGUGGAGGAGAGGGAAAUAGAGCUGGAAAGGGCAACAGCAGACAGCCCAGGGGAGAGUGUGGAAGAUGAAGAUGAUCAACGUCAGAUAAUCAAAAUCAUGGAGGCAGAUGAAGCAGAACCAGUAGUUGUUGUGGAGCCUGACGAGGGGGAUGUGAAAGUGGUAGAACUAAUUGAAGAGGAUGAAAGGGAGAUGGAGAUACAGGAACAGGUGUAUGACACCAGAAAUACCACCAUAGUUCGACCUCUGCAGUAUGAUAGGCUGACAACUGUUCAGAAAAGAGAACGGCCUUCACAGCCCCAGCCCCAAUACCAGUUCUCUCCUCCUGCACCGGAAGACUCCAAUCCUCGCUUCAUAGUUACCAUGGAGGGCAAGAAACGGAAGCCUCCUCUUCGUCAAGAUACCAGAGGUGUACGCAACCAAGCACCUGCCAUGCCCACCGGUUCUCAGUACAAUCCUACACCCAUCUCUCGAUUGGACCCAAACCAACGGUUCUUACUUUCUCGGUACGAGCCAAGUGAAGAGAUGGAGAUGGACUCCUUGGAGGAGAAGAGCUUUGAGUAUGAACCAACCCAACCAAUGCAAUACCAACAGGUUGUUUUUAAAGAGAGGUCAUCACUAUUUGAGAAGGAGCUUCCUAUGAAGCGUGUUGGUCCCACUGAGCAUCAGCUGGUGAAGGAUUCUCUUUACUCACCACCCCAGCCUCAGGUCGCACCUGUUACAUUCACUCUCCAGGAGUCCGAUGAAGAACAUGGCCAUGCUGAAAUGGAAGAGAAAGUGAAUGAGAGAUGUAAGUUUUGGCCAGCAUGUAAGAAUGGCAGUGAAUGCAACUUCUUUCACCCAAGUACACCAUGCAGAACAUUUCCAAACUGCAAAUUUGGUGACAAGUGCCUGUUUAUUCAUCCUAAUUGUAAGUUUGAUGCGACCUGUAUGAAUCCUACCUGCCCAUACACCCAUGCUACCCGGACUAAACCAGCUCCUAUUAUCAUCCAGGCACCUCCGAUAAGAGCCUUUCCUACAUUCAAACAAACAGCUGCAAACAAGAUGGUGUGCAAGUUUUAUCCUCAUUGUGGUAACACAAAGUGUCCAUUCAUUCACCCUGCUCCUAAGAUGUGUAGAUACAAUAUAUCCUGUACUCGUCCUGACUGCAAGUUUCAACACACCCAAGUAGCAGCUAGAUCAGCUAUGAAAUGGACAAAAGAUCAACAUGUCAGUGAGAGGAAGUUUGCCAGCAAGUCAUCAACCUCCUCGAAUGUUCCUUCAUAAUACAGUGAUGUCAUCAUCAUCAUUAGCCCGGCCAGGCAAGGAUAUCCUUAGCUGCCUCAAUGCUGAUUGGUACAUUAGAGAAAACUCAAAAGCAGUACCUGGCACAUAAUUGCAAACUGACUUUUGAAAUUGCUCACCUUUAACAAAGAUCCAAAAGAUUUCCACUUCUGAACGAGACUCAUCUUUUUAAGAGAUGCUGGAAACUGGAAGCUGGAUACAUGUAAGUUAUCCUACUAUCAAAGUUACAACGCUGUUGUAUCCUCAAAUUGACCAUAUUAGGCGAUUUUGAGGACAGGGGCUUAGACGUCAGGAGCAGCUUAUUUCUUCAAAAUUAACCAGUAAAGGUUCAUGUCAUGACCUAGAUACAUGUAUAAGGGCAUUAACAUUCAUGUUACAUGAAAAUGCAUACCGGUAGAUAUAAUCUUCUUAUUAUCAUACGCUGCAUUAUUUUCUGUCACAAAUGAAAUUACUGAUAUCAAGGGACCUUGCAUCAUUGUUACAUUAUUCAAAACAUGCAAACAAAUUCAAUUUAAAUGAACAUCUUUGACUAGAGAGUUUAACUAACGAAGUACCCUACUCACAAGAUCAACCCUAAGUGCUCAAGUCAGGUUUGUUUCCCUCUUACCUCUCACCAUAGAUGGGAAAAAAAGUAUGUAUCUUUAUCUGAAUUGUGUUAAAGCUAUAAAGAUAAUCUUUUUGGAAACUCUGCUCUCACAUAGUCACAUGAUAGUUAAUACACUAAAUGUUGAAAUCUUCAAAGAGAUAAUGUUCUUUUAAUAUAAUUUUGGUUGAAAUAACUGAGGAAUGAGCAAUGAUAGAAUAAGAUACGUGUAGUAGUCCUAACAUAAUCUCAUUUGUAGUUUGAAUUUGAGUGACAUUACUGUUUAAUGAUUGUGAUUUCUUGCAUGUACAUGUGCGAAACAACCCAUUGACUGCAUGAUAAGUAAUUCCUUUAGGCCAGUUCCUUUAGACAUGGAAAUCCUUGGACAAAACUCAAGAUUAACUGUAAGCUUUAUGCACAUUUUUGCUAAAUUGAUUAAAAUCUGUGUUCACUUGUUGACAUAUCAACUGAAAAAAAGGAGACAACAGAUGAGUAAGAUUUGUUUUCUUUAAUGUGUAAAUGAUGUUGUUAAUAUAUCAAAAUCAAGUGUGCAGUAUUUGGCCAAUUGAAAUCUUGUCGAUUCUGAAAAUCAAUCUUUAGAUCUUGUUUUGACUUGAGGACCAUGUUUUGUAAAACUAUUUAUCAAUGACAAGUGUCUCAUUUCUGUAACAAAUUUGCUCACAGCCAAUCACAUGCAACAGUUUUAGUAGCUUAUAACAGC